GGCAGAUGCUUUCCAAAGCUUGCUUCGACGAUUUGACAGAAUUGAAGUGAAAAAAUCGAGUGAAAAAUGGACGAGGAAUCAAAGUCUGGAGAAAGUCCAUUUGCUGAAGAUAUGGCGGAUAGCCAGUCUGCCAAGAGGACGCGCUUGAGCGACACAGAUGCCGACAAGGAGCCGAGCCAGGCUGGCAACAGUCACAGUGCCUUCGCCGCAUUCGAGGGCGCGAGGAGCAGCCAGAUGGACAGCAGCAGUGAGGCCAAUGACGCUGGCGAGGCCUCCACGUCCACCGCCGUGUCGUCCAUGAGUUCCUCCUCAAAGAUCACGGCUGUGCCCACGAGUGAGGACAGCGGCCGGUGCGCCUCGGGAUCCGGCACCAGCACGGCGGCCACCGGAGCGGAGUCGCGUCCGGCCAAGUCGCCAACCGUGGCGAAGACAAAGCACGCCAACAGAAACUACCGCUCGUCGAAAUUCCGCUCCUUCGUGGGCUCUUUCUGUUCACCCACACCCUCAACGUCUGACGACGAUGACGAGGGCACCACAACCUUCCGGCAGCGCCUGACGGAGCGGAAGGAGCGCCGGGAGCGCGAGUCAACUCCUCAGCGCGACUCUCUGAUGGACGUGGACGGGCUGAGCAGCGACGAGCGCCCUGAAUCCGUGCGAACCAAUGUCUCGAGGAGUUCAUCGUCAUCCCCGUCACUGUUCACGUCCAGUCUCCUACAGCCGUCGGACUACUCGGACAACAACGAUGCCUACAGCUCCCAGUCGUCCGUGCAGUCGCACGAGUACAACGCCGUGGGCAACAAGGCAGAGUUCCUCUCCUGGCCCAAGCCGCCGCACACGUGGUGUUCCCUGCCAGAGCUCAUGUACCGUCAGCAGGGCCUGACGGGUCGCGGCAGACGCACCAUGGCCGGCCGCUCCACUCACAUGUUCGAGCGCCGCUUCGGCGGCUCGCGACACGCCGUGGAGCGUCUCGAGUUGAUGGUGAAGCUGAAUGAGCACGAAGGAUGCGUCAACAGUCUGAAUUUCAAUCGCUCAGGCAAUCUCCUCGUCUCCGGCUCGGACGACUUGAAGAUCAUCCUGUGGAAGUGGGCGUCGCAGGAGCAGCACGACUUCAUCUUCGACAGCGGUCACACGUCCAAUGUGUUCCAGACGAAGUUCAUGGAGCUGGGCAAUGUGCACAUCAUCUCGAGCGCAAGAGAUGGCACGGUGAGACAUCACGAAGUGCCUCCCGGGAGCGACAAGCCCAUCAGCACACAACUCAUUAAGCAUCUCGGGCCUGUGCAUAAGGUCGCCCUGCCCGCCACAGCGCCCUUCGAAGUCCUGUCGGCCGGCGAGGACGGAAAUGUGAUCAGAUGCGAUCUAAGGGAGAGCAAUAAGCGCGAGAGGAUCGUCACUAUUAAGGUCAACAAUCGACGCGUUCCGCUCUACAGCAUUUCCUCUCAUCCGAUCGAUCAGGAGUUCUGCGUGUCUGGACGUGAUCAGUAUGUGCGUGUGUAUGACAAGCGCAACGUGAAGAAUGCCCUGAAAAUCUUGAGUCCUGAGCAUCUGGUCAGCAAGAAGCCCUUUACCAUCUACAUAACAUGCGCAGUUUACAACUGGGUGGGCACUGAAAUCCUGGCCUCAUACAGUGAUGACGAUGUGUACUUGUUUGACAACAAAUAUCAAACGCCUGGAUCGUAUCUGCACAAAUACCAGGGACACGAUAAUAGUUCAACCAUCAAAGGUGUCAACUUCUUCGGGCCGCGCUCUGAGUUUGUGAUGAGCGGCAGUGAUUGUGGCAACUGUUUCUUCUGGGACAAGAACACAGAGACAAUUGUCCAGUGGAUGCCUGCAGAUGAAGCUGGUGUUGUGAAUGUCUUGGAGCCACAUCCAACCUUUCCUAUUCUUGCCACUUCAGGUCUGGAUCACGAUGUGAAAAUUUGGAUGCCAUCGAAUGAGAAUGAGCCAAAGCUUGAGGGCCUGAAGAAGUGCGUUCAUCGCAAUCUCACAUGUCGCACUGUCGUCGGUGAGGAUAUCUUUGAUGAUCGCAUGAUCACAUUCUUUGUAAGGCAGUGCCUGAGGAAUCGUCGAGAGCGUGAUCCGAAUUACUGUCCCAAUGUCGCUGAACUGGUCUCAUCGUCCGAUAGUGAUGAUGACAUGGACAAUAUGGACAACAUGGGUGGUGACAUGGAUCCGGACAAUUUGCGUUCACUCCCAUGCGCACCGUCCUAGAAGAUGAUGAUGAUGCGCGCCUUUCCAGCACCAGCUUAAGUGAUUAUAUACCGGAAAUUUUUGUGUCUACUGUUUAUCCCGGGGUUUUCAUUUAUCUCAGCUAAUCUCUUCUCCCCUCAAAAUCCACUCAAUUGAAUUGAAUUGAAAUCACAUAUAUAUGUAUUUAGUGAAGUUUUUCCUGCAGAUGUUUAUAUAGCCAACUGUGGGGAUAUUAAAUCGAUUUAUUCACGGGGUAGCAACGAAUUGUGUUGUUUAUUUACUC